GUCUUCCUUGCUCAAGUGGCCCUUGUCAUUUUUGAUGGUAAUAUUGUUCUAUUUUCCUGUGCUCUUAUCCACAACAGAUGCACCAAAGAUGCCAUUGGCACCUGAAACUACAUCAUACAGAAACAAAUACAUUGAACUGUAUAACCAACGAAUACCACAACCAUAUAUAUGGAGAAAAAAAUCUGAUCCACAGUAUUGAACAUAAUACUCUGACUAUAUAUCUUCUGUGUAAAGAUAAAAAGAAUGGCAAAGAAAUCUUGAACUUUAUUUGCUCUGCUACUGAAAGGACCUAGAAGCAAUGACACCCCACUGGCAAUGAGAACAUCUGGUGCCUGGAUCUUGGUUUCUAAAUACCAUUCCCCUCUUAAAGGAACCAUGAGUCAUUGAAGAAUUGGCUGAUUUCAGGGCUGAGGCAGGAAAAGUACAAAAUGAACCUAAAAUAUCUUGUGCCAGAAGAGGUCCCACCAAGGCUGACUCCUGUGAGCUCUUCCUGGAAGUGAGGUCGUGCAGUCCUAAAGACACGCCGGGCAGCUGGCGGCCUGGGGAUUUUGGAGUGGUCACUAAUGGGCAAGGUGUUUGGGGUUCCUGAAGAUACUUGCUGGUCAGUCCUGGCUGAAUCUCAGCAUUGUGCGGCAGAAGCCGUUGAGAAGAAGGCAGAAGACAGCAACAUGAAGAAGAAGCGGGAGCGGCUAAGAGAAUGGUUCAGUGCCUGGGACUGCCCUCAUGGCCCGGUUGGUUUACACAACAUUGGACAGACCUGCUGCCUUAACUCCCUGCUUCAGGUAUUGAUCAUGAACGUGGGCUUCACCAAGAUAUUGAAGCGGAUAACAGUGCCAAGGGGAGCAGAAGAGCAGAGGAGGAGCGUCCCCUUCCAGCUGCUCUUGUUGCUGGAGAAGAUGCAGGACAGCCGACAGAAAGCAGUGCAACCCAUGGAGCUCGCCUACUGUCUCCAGAAGUACAAAGUACCCUUGUUUGUCCAGCAUGAUGCUGCUCAACUCUACCUCACAGUCUGGAACCUGAUUAGGGACCAAAUCACUGAUGUCGACUUGGUACAGAGGCUGCAGGCCCUGUAUACAAUCCAGAUGAAGGAGUCCUUGGUUUGCCUCGACUGUACCCUGGAGAGUAGCAGAAACAGUAGCAUGCUGACCCUCCCCCUUUCUCUUUUUGAUAUGGACUCAAAGCCCUUGAAGACACUGGAGGAUGCGCUUCGCUGUUUCUUCCAGCCCAGGGAGUUGUCAAACAAAAGCAAGUUCUUCUGUGAGCACUGUGGGAAGAAGACCUGUAGGAAACAGGUCUUGCAACUGACCCAUUUGCCCCAGACCUUGACAGUUCACCUCAUGCGGUUCUCUAUCAGGAAUAUGAAGACAGAAAAAGUCUGCCACUCAUUCUAUUUCCCCCAGAGCCUGGAUUUAAAUCAGGUCCUGCUGACUGAGCAAGACCUCUGCGAUGCUGAGGAACAGCCUGGAGGACAGUAUGAACUCUUUGCUGUGAUUGCCCAUGUGGGGAUGGCUGGCUUUGGUCAUUACUGUGCCUAUAUCCGGAAUUCUGUGGAUGGAAAAUGGUUCUGCUUCAAUGACUCCAAUGUUUGUAGGGUAUCUUGGGAAGACAUCCAGUGUACCUAUGGAAAUGAUAACUACCGCUGGGGGGAAAUUGCAUAUCUUCUAGUUUACAUGAAGAUUGAGUCCUAAUGGAUGUGCCCUAAAUCUCCAGAGACUGACAAAGUAUCAUUUUCCCUUUUUGUUCCUGAAUCUGCCGACUCUUUUAAGAGAUUUUUGCAAUGAAGAGGAGAAGCACCAUUUUCAAAUUGUGUAAUUAAACUUUAUUUAUAAUCAGGGGUGCUUAUCAAAAUGUUUAACAGUGACACUGCCCAGGUAUUGAUCAGUCAGAAUGGAUCCUUCCAGCAGUGGGUGCUGGCCAUGUGUCUGGAGCAGGUCCCGAGGGCUCCCUGCUGUGCAAGGCAUUAGUCCUUUAGUGGGAGAUCGUGGGAAUCCAGGUGAUCCCAGGGAGGGAGAGACCAGGCCAGCAAUGGUAGUGGAAGGCAUUUGAGUGGCAAGGGGCAGUGGUGGGGAAAUAUUUCAAUAUUUUACAACUAGUGUGACCAUACCGGUAUGUACUGGAUGAAUGGGAUUUUAUAUAUAAUUUAAAAAACUUUUAGAGCUUGUGUUAUUUCCAUAAAACUCAAGUAUUUUGUAACUGUUAUUCAUUUAUUUGAGAAAUAUAUAUUGAUCACCUGUUCUCCAUAAGACAGCGUGGUAGGUACAGUAACGAAUAAAGUUCUUUCUCGCAAAA